AGAUUACACGCCGUUCAUGCGUUUGUAUCAAUAGGAAGUGUGUUUGCGCUGAAAUCCGUUGCGUUUUACAUAAACGCUCCGGUUGUGUCAGGGUUUGUUGUGUUAAAUUGGCGAUUUUGAUCUAAUAACAUGAUAAAUAGUAAAAAUAAAAAUAAAAAAGAAGCUGGAUGUUUAAAUCGGGUCUAUCUUGGCGUUGUAGCAAUGCUGCUUUGUGAAAUGGUUAAUUAAAGGUGAAGAAAUGGAUUGUCCGAAGAGGAAGUUACGAUCAGGGAAGGAGACGUGCGAGGAGCGGCCUGAGAAUAAAGACGAACGAGCUCUCCCUGAUUGCGCUGUAGAUAAUGGUGAAAAUGAAGGAACUUCGAGUCAGUGUGAACGCGCGCACACAGCUUCUGUAGCCUCUUCAGAGGAGAAUAAUGGCCGUGCGUGUCGUGAGUGUGACUUUGUGGCUAAAACUCCUACUGCUCUGAAAAUCCACUGCAGGAGGAAACACAAUAGCUUGCAUGCCGAGGCGAUGGGAACGACAGAUGCAGAGGAAACACGCACAGUUGAAAAUGUUGCAGAGGAGUUGCCUGCUAAAGACCAAGUGAAAUCUACAGUUCCCCCAAUAGACCAGCUCAGCACUGACGCACCCCCUAUAGACCAGCUCAGCGCUAAUGAACUCCCUAUAGACCAGCUCAGCUCUGGUGUACCUCCUAUAGACCAGCUCAGCACUAAUGAACUCCCUAUAGACCACCUCAGCACUGAUACACUCCCUAUAGACCAGCUCUGCACUGGUGUACCCCCUAUAGACCAGCUUGGCUCUGAUGUACCCCCUGUAGACCAGCUCAACACUGGUGUACCCCCUGUAGACCACCUCGGCACUGGUGUACCCCCUGUAGACCAGCUCAACACUGGUGUACCCUCUGUAGACCAGCUCAACACUGGUGUACUCUCUGUAGACCAGCUCAGCUCUGAUGAACCCCCUGUAGACCAGCUCGGCUCUGAUGAACCCCCUGUAGACCAGCUCGGCUCUGAUGAACCCCCUGUAGACCAGCUCGGCUCUGAUGUACCCCCUGUAGACCAUCUCGGCUCUGAUGUACCCCCUGUAGACCAGCUCGGCUCUGGUGUACCCCCUGUAGACCAGCUCGGCUCUGGAGCACAGCGUUUUGAGCGUCUGUACUGCAGGUGCUGCAGUUUUUACACCUGCACAGCAGAGGAGAUGAGCGCACACUUGAGCGAUGAGUCCCACCGAAACUUGGCGCUGGAGAAAAACAUUGGCCCGCUGUUUGAGCAGUGUGUUGAAAAAGUGCUUGUCAUUCUAUCAGACGAACAAAAACGUAGAGACGGGGAGAGUGAACAUGAUGAGGGCAUCAGUGAGGACAUCAGUGAGGAUGUUCGUGAGACAGAAUCAGCUGAACACACUUUAGCAGAGUUAUUGGAGGCUAAUGCUCCACACAAACGGAAACGCGGAAGGCCCAAGUCGUCUCAGGUAAUGAGCUGCAGUCACUGUGGCCUCGUGGCCUCCAAUCCCACAAACCUCAGCGUGCACAUCCGCCGCAAACACAGCCGUCUGUACAGUUUCCACUGCAAACUGUGCAACUACUCCUGCGUGACCAAAGGUGACAUGGACCGGCACUGCGAAACCAAAAAGCACAUUAAACGAGUGCAGAGCGAUGGCAACGGACAGGAGGCAGUCAUCAUGCUAAAUGCUGAACAGCCAGCUCAUAGCGGCGAGGCAGGGCCAACCGAGAAAUCGCACAAUGCCCCGAAUGCCACACAGGAGGAAACACCAAAUGAUGCAGAUACUGCAGGAGAGACGGAGGGAACGGGAAGUGAUGUUCCCUGUAAAAAGCCCAAGUACGACUCGGCUUACUCAUGCGAUCAUUGUUACUUUGUUGCGCAUUCUGCACUUUCGCUGGCCCUGCACGUACGCCGCAAACACACGCGGGAUUUCGAGUUUGUGUGUCUGGCAUGCAGUUAUUACGCAGUGACCCGCAGAGAGAUGUCACGCCACACUGCGACCGAGAAACACAAACUCAAACGCCAGAGAUACCUACAGAAACGGCACAACACACACCAACAUGACAACACGGUGGAUAAACACAACGAGAACACCAGCCAACUUGCUGAAAACACGAACCGACAAUCAGACAGCACAGACAACAAUAUAGAAAACGCACACCAAAAUCCUGACAACUUGCACCAACACACUGAGACCAAACCGCAACUCUGUGACAACACGCAGCAAAACAACAAAACCUUGCACCAGAACAUUGAUCCGGAACCAGAACCAGACUCUGGUGGUAACGACGAUCUGAAUAACGAUGCAGGAAAUGCAGCAGCAGCAGUAAAAGGAAGUGCAGGUGAGAAAGAGCUGAAUAUUAACCCAGAGAUGAAGUCCAGUGAAGAUACAAAUGGCCCUCAAGACUCAUUAGAAUUCCCUGAUCCAUCAAAUACUGAGGAGGGUGAGGAGGAAUACAACAACAACAACGAUGAUGAUGAUGAUGAUUAUAAUAAUGACGAUGAAGAAGAAGACGAAGAAGAGGAGGACGUGUGUGACACGACUGCUGAAAGUCCCUCUAGUGAGAAGCGUGUGUUCAGAGCAACUGCGUUUGACGAGUGCGUCUUUUCCUUGAAAGCGCCGACAGACGGACCGUGCGACGAAGAUGACGGAGAGUCGUAUAAAUCCCUCCAUCAAGCCUCAAAAAUGCUAAAAAUGUCAGAGGGCCAUGAAGUGAGCACGCGGGUCCGGUGUGAUGACUGCGGGUUUUUGGCGGAGGGGCUCAGCGGACUGAACGUCCACAUCACGAUGAAACACUCAUCGAAGGAGAAGCACUUUCACUGUCUGCUAUGUGGGAAGUCCUUCCACUCGGACAGCAGCCUGCAGCAACACCUAAGCAGCUCGGCACACUUGCGGACGGAGCGCGGCAGUGUGGACGAACGGCCUGACGGAGGCGCUGCCUUCCGGUGUGUGCGCUGUAACGAGCCCUGCAACUCGGAGCAAGAACUUUUCGUUCACAUCAAAGAGAAACACGAGGAGCUGCUGCGUGAGGUGAAUAAGUAUGUAAUGGAGGACACGGAACAGAUCAACCGCGAAAGAGAGGAGAACCCUGGAAACGUUUGUAAAUACUGUGGCAAGGUGUGCAAGAGCAGCAACUCCAUGGCCUUCCUCGCACAUGUCCGCACACACACAGGUUCAAAGCCAUUUAUGUGUAAGAUCUGUAAUUUUGCAACGGCGCAACUCGGAGACGCCAGAAAUCACGUAAAGAGACACCUCGGCAUGAGAGAGUACAAAUGUCACCUCUGUGGGUGGGCUUUUGUUAUGAAGAAACAUCUGAACACACACUUGCUGGGAAAACAUGGACUAGGCCAGCCAAAAGAGAGGAAGUAUGAUUGUGAAUUGUGUGAGCGGAGUUUUAGUGAGAAGUGGGCCCUUAAUAACCACAUGAAGCUUCACACUGGAGACAAACCCUUUAAGUGCCCUUGGUCAUCUUGUCACUAUGCCUUUCUCACACACUCGGCCAUGAAGGACCAUUACAGGACGCACACAGGUGAAAAGUCAUUUCUGUGUGAUCUCUGUGGUUUUGCUGGUGGAACUCGACAUGCUCUCACUAAACACCGGCGCCAACACACAGGCGAGCGUCCAUUCCGUUGUGAUCUCUGCAGUUUUGCCUCCACAACUCAGUCUCAUUUGACCCGUCACAAACGCGUUCACACAGGAGAGAAGCCAUACCGCUGCCCCUGGUGUGACUACAGGUCAAACUGUGCAGAGAAUAUCCGUAAGCACAUCCUCCACACGGGGAAACAUGAGGGUGUGAUGAUGUACAACUGCCCUCGUUGUGAUUUCUGCACCAAUUCACCAUCCGAGUUCCGUAACCACCUUAAGGAUAAACACCGCGACAUUGAGAACCCUGACCUCGCUUACCUUCACGCAGGAAUUGUAUCAAAGUCGUUCGAGUGUCGGCUGAAAGGUCAGGGGUCGUCGUUCGUGGAGGCCGACGCCCCCUUCACACCAGAAGAGGGCCGUUUAGGAGCCGAAACACUGCAGCAGGUCAUCAUCAUCCAGGGAUACAGAGAGGAGGCGGAGCUACAGGGCACAGAGAUGGAGGAGGCGGAGCUGGAGGAAUCGGCAGCUGCGACUCUGCAAACGCUGGCCAUGUCGUCUGUCAACGGUGAGCUGCUUCAGGUUACGCAGGACGGAUGCAUUAUUCCCUACACACACAAAAACUACGUCCUGGUGGAGUCGUCAGGCUCAUUGGAGAGGGUAGAGCAAACAUCGCAUGAAACCAAUCAGGACAGGGCUACAGCGCCCUCUACAGCGCUAGACGCUCUGCUGUGCGCAGUGUCCGAGAUCGACCAGCAGGACGGUGCCGCUCAGCAGGACGUCAGAACCACAACUGAACAACAAGCACACGCCCAGGGGGAAGGCCAGGAGGCAGUGCAAGUUUACGGAGAGGUUGUACAGGUGUUGGGCCACGCCCAUGAUGAAGUCCUGCAGUUUGCUGCCAGCCAGCUGAUGAUGAGAGAAGGGCUAACACAAGUGAUUGUAAACGACGAGGGAACGCAUUACAUCGUAACAGAGGUGUCUGACAGCGCCGAAUAUGCACAGGGUGAGGGGGCGGAGUCUGGACAGGAGGUAGGGCUUGUGGACGAUGCAGGAAACCAGACCAGUGAGGCUCCAGUCACAUAUGAACCAGUCAGCCUUAAACAACAAGCUCAGGAAUGAUUGUGGCAGGGCUGAAGAGUUUAGCCCCACCUCUUUUUCAAUGCAACACUUCUGGCUCCACCCAAUUAUUUACAUAACUAAAAGUACAGCUGCUGAACCUGCUGUUGUGUGAUGUAGGAGGUUAUAUGAUGAUGAUGAUGAUGAUGAUGAUGAUGAUUUAUUAUGAAAAUUAAUAUUGUUUCAGAGGAAUGUCUGAUCAGUGUAGUUGUACAUAGAUGUUUUCCUAUCUAAAGCAUGAAGUAUCUAAAAAUGCCAACACAUAAAUGUAACAUUUAAGCUGAUUGGGGCUGAGGGUGGGUCGAGGGAGACAGAGGGUGGGGCCAGAUUGAAAGGGGCCAAGUGGAUACAGUCAGUGAGCCAAGGGGGUGGAGCCAGAUGCCAAAGCACUGAGGAGGCUGGGCUAAAACACAAACCAGUGAACUAUAGAUUUGUGUUUUGUUAAAAUUAAGAUUAGACUUGCAUUCAAGUACAAUCAGCUUUGUGAGGAGCAUGAUCCAAUUUAAAUAGUUCAAAUCAGAAGAGUAACACACAUCUCUCUCUCUCUCACACACACACACACACAAACUUCAUGUUGAAACUCUUCUAUAGAUCAGAUUCAGAUUUUCCUGAUGUUUUUGAAAUGCCUGAUAGCGAGUGGUUAAAAGAAAUGUGCGUUUGUUCAUUUGACUGAAUUUCAAUACUCAUGAUGUUGAUACAACGAUAAAUAAAUAAUGCGUGUGUGGUUUCA